AUGGGGGGAAAGAGCUUCCUCCUCGGUGUCUUGACCAUCAGCAUCCUGCUCCUGGCCGCCGCCUCGGAGGGUGCGGAGCCGCCGCCGAGCUGCGAGGCGGUCCGGAAAGUUUUCCAGCUGCGGCGGCUCGGCCCGCUCGGCGGCGUCCCGGAGGUCCCGCGGGCAGGUGUUGAUCUCCAGAUUUGUACUUCUGAAAAUCCAACAUGCUGUACCAAAAAGAUGGAAGAAAGGUAUCAGAUUGCAGCAAAGCAAGACAUACGGCAAGUGCUUCAAACAUCAAGUGCUACAUUAAAAUUUUUAAUAUCUCAUAAUGCAGCUGCUUUUCAAGAAACCUUUGAAAUGCUCAUCAGACUGGCUGAGAAUUACACAAGCACACUUUUCUGCAAUGCGUAUAGAAACAUGGCUGCUGAGGCUGCUGCGCCUGUGCAGGAGUUUUUCACAGAUGUUGGGCUCUUCUUAUUUGGCACAGACGCCAGCACAGAGGAAUUUGUGAAUAGAUUUUUUGACACCCUGUUUCCAGUAGUCUACAACCAUGUGAUUAACCCUGGUCCGACUGACAUUUCACUGGAAUACGCGGAGUGCCUCCGAGCGGCGAGAAGAGACAUCAGGCCCUUCGGCAACAUUCCCAAUAAGGCCUUAGGACAAAUGCGAAGAUCGCUCCUACCCAGCCGCACUUUCUUGCAGGCUCUGAAUUUGGGGGUUGAAGUGAUCAAUACAACAGAUCACCUGCACUUCUCCAGAGAGUGCAGCAGAGCUUUGCUGAGAAUGCAGUACUGCCCCCACUGCCAGGGGCUGACGCUGAGCAAGCCCUGCCUGGGAUACUGCCUCAACAUCCUGCGGGGCUGCCUGGCCGGCCUAGCAGAAGUGCAUCUCCCCUGGCAGGGGUACAUCCAGGCCCUGGAGGAGCUCUCGGGAGCCCUGAGCGGAGCACACGGCAUCGAGCACGUGCUGCUGAACUUCCAUUCCCUCAUCCGUGACGCUCUGGUACAGGCUCGGAUCAACGGGCCGGAGUUAUCUGAGCAGGUGAAUAAGAUAUGUGGUCCUCCUGUAAGGAAGCCUAAACAGUCUCCAGGUUGCUCCUUUGAUCAGAACAAAGAUAAUCAAGGGUUGAAGAUGUUCUCCAGAGACAGUGAACAAACACUCACCAACAGAAGAAAGGAGUUUCUCAGCCACCUGCGGCUCUACAAGGCCUUCUACGGCGGCCUGGCGGAUCAGCUGUGCGGGAACGAGCUGGCAGCUGCCGAUGGGCUCCCGUGCUGGAAUGGAGAAGAUGUUAUCAGAAGCUAUACACACCGUGUGGUUGGCAGUGGAAUCAAAGCUCAGUCUGCAAAUCCAGAAGUAAAAGUGAAGGGAACAGAUCCUGUAAUAAGUCAAAUUAUCGACAAGCUGAAACAUGUUACUCAGCUGCUGCAGGGCAAAUCAUUUCCAAAAUAUGACAAAUGGGAUCUCCAACAAACAGGCAGUGGCAGAGGUGUAGAUGAACAAAUCAGUGGUGAUUGUGAUGAUGAAGAUGGCUGUGGAGGAUCUGGAAGUGGAGAAUUCAAAACAGUCCUGAAAAUUACAGACCGGAUGCCAGACAAGACGAACCUCAGUGACGUAAAGCAAAUCCAUCAAACCAACGAUGGCAGCACUUUAGACACAACUGGAGCAGGAUGUACAGCAAUGGCCGAUUAUAUGACAUUUAUGUUGAUUAGUUUGGCAAUACUGUUUCUCAGUCUUUGGUAA